CUCCGAUUCUGGGAAUUCCCCUUCCUACGACUCUACCAGCCUUGUCAAGCCCGCAACUAUGACGACAAUCUCCAUUGUGCAAGGGGAAAUUACCCUGGACAAGAUUGAAAAUCCAAAAAGCGAUGUUGUCAUUAAUGUUGGUACACGAAAAUCGGCGCUGGCGUUGGCACAGACCGACCAAGUGGUGAAAGCCCUUGCGGCGGUACAUCCCGACCAUGUAUUUGUGACCAAGGCUCGAGACACCGCUGCCGGCGACAUCGACAAGGUCACUCCCUUCAAAGACAUGGCAGUUAAGAAUCUAUGGACUCAUGAGCUCGAAACGCUGAUGACCGAAGGCCAGUUGGAUAUUCUCGUGCACGCCUAUAAAGAUGUGCCGACGCAGUUACCACCGGGCUGUGAAAUAGGAGCAGUUAUGCCUCGUGUGGACCCAAGGGAUGUGUUGGUCACCAAAGCUGGCAAGACACCGCGUAAUAUCGAAGACUUGCCGGCUGGUUCAGUUAUUGGCACCUCAUCUAUCCGGCGAACUGCGCAGAUCGCGUUGUUAUACCCUCAUCUACGUGUUGCCGACAUGAGAGGCAACAUCGGAACUCGACUAGCAAAACUCGAUGCGGAGGAUAGUCCUUUCGACGCAUUGAUCCUUGGUGCUGCAGGACUCCUUCGGCUAAACCUUGGCCAUCGGAUCACUCAAUACCUGGACUCGAAGAGCGGCGGCAUGCUCCAUGCCGUGGGCCAAGGAGCGAUUGGUAUCGAGAACAGAUCUGCAGACGAGCGUGUGCAAAGAAUGCUUGCCAAAAUCGACCAUCUCGACUCGCAUCUCGCCACCGCGGCUGAACGUAGCCUCCUAAGAACGCUAGAAGGAGGCUGCAGCGCUCCUCUGGGCGUGGAAACUAGCUGGACGACAGAUGCUGCCGGAAACAAGUCGCUUCGAAUGAAGAGCAUCGUGGUCAGCCUGGAUGGCAAGGAAAAGGCCGAACUUGACCUGAGUAAAGCCGUCAAAUCCAAGGACGAUGCGGAAGUGUUUGGGGUGGAGUCCGCGGAGGGAUUACUUCGCCGAGGCGCCGACAAGAUUCUGGCGGAGAUCAAGGCAAAGAAGCCUACCACUGCAGCCGACCUUGAAGAGAAAUAGAGGCAGGUUGGUCCAGUUGAAGGGCACGGCGGAUCAUCAGAUGACGAGAACUGGAGCACUGCCAUUCAACGCUCUCGAAGUCGACACCAUGACGGAACCACUGCAACUGAUAAUAGCAGGACGCCCUCUUCAGCCUCGAUUGAGGGUGUUACCGGCACCUUUGGGGUUCGCCUCGACAAAUUCAUCCCACUCACGCGCCUUCAUAGUGGCAGCGUCGGCUUGCUCCAUAUUAUCUUCAUCUGGUUCUGGCUGGGGUGCGUUGGCAUUCCCUCCACCUUCGAUGAUCCCUCCUCUUCGCCGUUCUUCUUCAAGAUAUUCAUCUAUGCUCAUAGUGGGAAGGUUAUGCCCGGGCCUGAAUACGCCCUGCUGCAGCUGAGUUCGCUUGUCUGUCAAGGUGAAUGGCUGAAGUGGUUUGCCUUUUGGAUCGAGCAGCGGGCCCCCUCGUCUGCCAAGUCCGGACAUGGUCACCGGUCCGUCAAGCCUCUCCGAAUAGCCAUCCGAUCUCGAGGGCUCUCUUCGGUCGUCAGGUACUUCCGACCUGGUUGGCUCAGCCUGCCGCAUUUGGGACAAGAUCUCGAGUUCUUGGCUGAUCAUCUCCAAGGAAGAAAACGCCUUGUUGACGCACAGUGCGAUUUCAGCCAAGUACAAGUUCCGAAUCGUCUCGUCAUCAACGUUUGACUUUCCCGAUUCAUUCCUUAAAUACUGUCCAUGGUUAGCAAGCGUUCAUAGACUGUUGAAGGCGGUUAAACAAACCUCGAGCUUUUGUUUCAACGACUUCUCUUCCUGGAAACGGGAUAUCUUGAUUUUCCGCUUCUCCUCCGGGUUAUCUGAAGAGACUAUCUUGAAACCGCCACGCUGUUCAAGAAAUCGUUCGUAGAGCUUCCGAUCAGACGGACUCAGGAGCCCGUAGUGAUCCAGCCGGGUCAGGAAAUCCUCAAGCAGCGCAGAUGCUUCUCGUAAUGAUGAAAUGCGAUCUUGCCCAUAUGACUUCAGGAUAACAUCCGCUAGAAGGUAAUCCACAGUAAGAUAUCUUAGUGAUGCCGUCAGCCAGAGCAUAUCUGAAAA